GGCCAUGAAAUGUCUUUCUCUCGCGAGCGUUUGGCGGCAAAUUACUGUAUGAGCGAUACUGCUACAGUUUCCGUUGCUGCUAAUGUUACUGUUACCGUUAUUGUUACCUAUGAUUGUUACCGUUACUGCUAGCCUACAGCUGCAAACUGCAGCUACCGCUAAAGAAAAUGUCUGGACCUGUGAAAAAGUUACACUUUUGGAGCGAGGGGGAAACUAUCGUCAUGAUAAGGGUUUUAAAGGAAAUGGACAUCAUGAAAUAUUUGGAUGGACGAAAACACAGAAAUGGAGAUAUGUUCAAAAAAGUUGCUGAAAGGAUGAAGGAAGAGGGGUUUGUGCGAUUGCCGGAGCAGAUACGAAAUCGGUGGAAGAUGUUGAAAACUGGGUAUUACGCUGCAAAAAAACAAAACGCCACAAGUGGAUCUCAUCCAUCUAACUUUCAGUUUUUUGAUCUGAUGGACGGUAUUCUUGGCCACAGACCGUUGUCGAAUAUGGACGACAGCGGGGUGGACAUCGGUUUUGAUGUAACGAUGGACGAUGAUGUCACAGAAGAUGAUGUGAACGACGAUCUAUCAGCUUGUAGCAGUACUGACAUCACUGAAACGGAACAAGCAGAUCCCGUCAUUAACCCAGGUCAGUCCCACAAGAGGAGGAACUCGAGAGCUGCAAGGCCAACAUCUCACCAGCAGUUCAUCUUAGAAAUGCUUGGACAGCAAAACCAACUCAUGCAAGCCCAGAUUCAACAGUCAGAGGAGAGGGAGGAGAGGCUUUUGACUGCUCUCAUGGAGAGUAACGCCCGCUCCAAUGAGAGGAUGAUCUCUAUGCUGGUAGAGGGAUUCAGAGGCGCCCAGCCCCAGCACCAGCCCCAGCACCAGCCCCAGCACCAGCACCAGCCCCAGCCGAUGUUUGCAUCUUUUCAGGGGGACAUUGACUAUGCCCGCACAUUUACUCGCUUAUAGCUAUUAUAUCAGUUUAGUGUUAAGUGUUUAUUGAAUGUUAUGUUUGUUUAGGCUAAUUAAAAUUCAAAUAAUUUAACUUGAAUAAAUUAGCACAU